AUGGCUGAAGGCGACGAAGCAGUCAGUUCGCAUGGACGUCGGUCGUUCAGGUCUAGAGCGUGUGAAAACUGUCGUCUUAGAAAGAUAAGAUGUGACAAGGCCAUUCCGUGCUCUAGCUGUGGCACUUUGGGGCUUGUGUGCAAAGCGGCUGCUGCUGCUCCUGCUGCUCAGCCCACAACAGAACAACGGCAGCGAAUUACGCUGUCCCACCAGUAUGAACGAAAGAUUGAUCAGAUUCAGGAGCAGCUGGUAGCCAUCCAGCAGACGCUCCAGGAGAUACCGCGGAAUGCAACGCCUGGUACACCGACGGCUUCCAAGAGCGUUUCCACACCGACAACUUCGACGUCCAUCAUACCAACGUUUGAGGGGCAAUCUUCUUUUAGUAACGAGACUUUGUUAGCUCGAGAUGCAGCUUAUUCUGCUGUCUCUGCGAUACCGGGUACCAAGCUGGAUGAGAGCGUUUGCACUGCGCUCCUCUCUCUAAAGGACAGUCUGGAUAGACAUCAUUCUAUCACCAAAGCAGACUCGAGUCGAAUCAUAUCUACUCCUCAAAAUAACUCCAGGGAAGACCCUAGCCUUGUUCUUCUCCCCGUCGAUUUUGUUGUUGCACUGGUCAAAAAGAUCAAGACGCAACCUCCAUUUUCCCUAGUUUCUCACUCCUGGGGAAACCAUAUUCAAAUUGAGACUCUCUGUCAGAAGAUAUAUUUUCCCUCGGAAUCCCUUGCUCCAGGGUCAACAACCCUCCUUCAUGGCCUACUCUACUACAUCAUCCGCGAUUACGCCCAUGAAGACACCCAUCAGCUGCCGAAUCCGGAUUUCAUCAAUUACAUCAAACUAUGCGAGCGGAACUUCUCAUCGGGGCUGAACAGCUACGAGAUGAUGGUCAACCCGACUCUCGAGAAGGUUCAAGCAUUGCUGAUCGGGGUCAUCAAAUCCCAGGAAGAGUCUAACCUCCAGCUCUGUUGGACCUACCUUUCAGUGGCAUUCAACAUGUGCCAGAGUAUGGGGUAUCAUCGGCACGUUACCCUAAAACAGGACUCGCUCGCCCUAGCCGAAGCGAAGCGGCAUGUCUUCUGGUCUCUGUACACCAUUGACAAGAACGUUUCACUCAACUUAGGUCUUACAUCACACUUUCAGGACCAUGAUAUCGAUGCAGAGUUUUUCACUCCUUCAGAAGACCCGAAGCAAUGUCCCUGGGACCUGAUGACACUAGUCACCAUUAAGUUUUCCACUAUCCAAGGCCAAGUUUACGACCAGCUAUAUUCGGUUGCAGCAGCCAAGGCACCCCCGGCAAGCACAGCUGCAUCGAUCGAAAAACUCUCCGCCGCUCUAAUUGUAGUGCGAAAUGAGCUACUUGCAAUAGAUGUCCAUCCGGGGUUAUAUUCCGAAUCGUUACAGGGCAUGGCCUUGUGCGCCGAUUUCAUCACCUACUCCGUCCUGACGGUCAUCUAUCGCGCGCAGACGCUACCAACGAACGCCACGGCAAUCACCUCCAAAUGUGUGGAAGCAGCCACUCUCGCGCUGGAAAGCCACCUGAAAUGCUUUGCCAUCUUCCGCACACGGGAAAGCCACAAGCAGGCCGAAUAUGUAAAGUGGAUCCUGCUGUAUCCUUCCUUCACCCCCUUCGUCAUCAUCUUCACGCACGCAAUUGCGACGUCAAGCGCCCGAGAUUUCGCUCUCCUCCAGGAGACUGUGUCUUCGCUGGAACUGUGCAAGAACCUGUCGCAGGGGUCCGCGCGGCUAUACGAGAUUUGCAAGGCCUUUCUCAACACGGCACGUGUUCUGAUUGAAUCGCGUCAGACCCUCAUGGGAUUCGAGCAGCAUGAUGACGGGUCGCUGUUCGUCCCCGCGACAGGGGUCAAGGGGCAGAGCAAUGCCCUCGCCGUGCCUGAUGUGUCGUGGCCGGAUGACAUGAGUGAAUUUAACAUGAACAGUGCGGAUAUAUCUGUGUUUCUGAAUGACUUUUUGAGUACUAAUCGGCCGGUGAUGGAUAUGUUGAAUAUGAACAUGAAUUAG